AUGGUUCAGAAUGGUAUAUUAGAAAAUUUCAGCAUUGAUGAUUAUGGUUGCUUGAGAUUUUAUAACCGAAUCUGUGUUUCAGAUGUUUCUAAAUUGAAAGAGUUGAUAUUUCGUGAAGCUCAUGAUAGUCUUUUUGCUUUGCAUCCUGGAGGAACGAAAAUGUAUCGCGAUCUACUAGAAUCUUAUUGGUGGCCAGGAAUGAAAAGAAAUGUGGUUGAAUAUGUGGCUAAAUAUUUAACUUGUCGGCGAGUUAAGGCAGAACAUCAGGUUUCCACCGGAUUACUUCAGCCUAUUACUAUUCCUGAAUGGAAAUGGAAUUGUAUCACGAUGGAUUUUGUAACAGGGUUACCUUUAUCGGCAAGUUGGGAGCGUUACUUACCUUUAGCUGAAUUUGCAUACAAUAAUAGUUUUCAAUCAGGUAUUCAAAUGGCUCCAUAUGAAGCUUUGUAUGGUCGUAGAUGUCGAUCACCUAUUUGUUGGAUGAAAUUGAGUGAAAGAAAAAUGAUCAUGCCGGAAUUGAUCCAAGAAACGGAAGACAUUGUUAAGAAAAUUCGAGAUAGAUUGAAGAUAGCUUUUGACAGACAAAAAUCAUAUGCAGAUUUGAAACGUCGAGAUAUUGAAUAUUCUAUUGGCGAUAAAAAAAUACAUGAUGUUUUUCACGUUUCAAUGCUUAGAAGAUAUCGAUCGGAUCCAUCUCAUGUUAUUUCAACAGAGGAUAUUGAAAUUCAACCUGAUUUUUCAUAUGAAGAAAAACCAGUUGAAAUUUUAGCACAUGAGGUGGAAGAGUUGCGUAAUAAGUGA